GGCUGGGACCCGCUGUCACCGCGCCUCCCGCCGCGUGCGCCACCCGCGCGGCUGCCCUCUGUCUGCCCAGACCCGACUCUCUGGAGAGCUCAACAGUGAUGGAGUUCAUGAGCACUGGGAGUGACAACAAAGAGGAACUCGAUCUAUUAAUGAAACAUUUGAAUGUGUCCGAUGUGAUAGACAUUAUGGAAAAUCUUUACGCAAGUGAAGAGCCAGCGGUUUAUGAACCCAGUCUGCUGACCAUGUGUCAGGACAGUAACCACAACGAGGAGGAGCGGUCUGAGUCUCUACUGCUCAGUGGGCAGGAGGGGCCUUGGUUGUCCUCAGUCAGAUACGGGACCGUGGAGGACUUGCUUGCUUUUGCAAACCACAUAUCCAACACUGCGAAGCGUUUAUACAGACGCCGACCACAAGAAUCUGGAAUUUUGUUAAAUAUGGUAAUCACUCCUCAGAAUGGACGCUACCAAAUAGACUCUGAUGUUCUGCUCAUCCCUUGGAAGCUGACCUACAGGAACAUUGGCUCUGAUUUCAUUCCUCGGGGGGCAUUUGGGAAAGUGUACUUAGCACAAGAUAUAAAGACUAAGAAAAGGAUGGCAUGUAAAUUGAUCCCAGUAGACCAAUUUAAGCCAUCUGACGUGGAAAUCCAGGCUUGCUUCCGGCACGAGAAUAUCGCCGAGUUAUAUGGUGCCGUUCUAUGGGGUGAAACUGUCCACCUCUUCAUGGAAGCAGGUGAAGGAGGGUCUGUCCUGGAGAAACUGGAGAGCUGUGGACCCAUGAGAGAAUUUGAGAUUAUUUGGGUGACAAAACAUGUUCUCAAGGGACUUGAUUUUCUGCACUCAAAGAAAGUGAUCCACCAUGACAUUAAACGUGAGUUAUCUUUGGAUGUGUCCCUUUUUGGCUUACACAGACUAACCCGUGAGGGGGUCAGACUGACCUUCCUGCUUCUCUUUCAGAUCUACAUGAGUCCGGAGGUGAUCCUCUGCAGGGGCCAUUCGACCAAAGCGGACAUCUAUAGCCUGGGAGCUACGCUCAUCCACAUGCAGACGGGCACCCCGCCCUGGGUGAAGCGUUACCCGCGCUCUGCCUACCCUUCCUACCUGUACAUAAUUCACAAGCAAGCUCCUCCUUUGGAAGAUAUUGCUGAGGACUGCAGUCCAGGUAUGAGAGAGCUGAUUGAGGCUGCUCUGGAGAGGAACCCCAAUCACCGGCCUAGGGCAGCAGACCUACUGAAACACGAGGCGCUGAACCCCUCCAGGGAGGACCAACCCCGCUGUCAGAGUCUGGACUCUGCUCUCUUUGAGCGGAAGCGGCUGCUGAGCCGGAAGGAGUUAGAGCUUCCUGAGAACAUUGCCGACUCUUCAUGUACUGGGAGCACUGAGGAAUCAGAGAUGCUGAAGAGGCAGCGUUCUCUCUACAUAGACCUCGGGGCCCUUGCUGGCUAUUUCAACCUUGUCCGGGGUCCACCGACCCUAGAGUAUGGCUGAUGGCUGGUGGCGUCUGCCCUGAAUUAGGACUCAAUAUUCAUAGAUCUCUGGGAAGCUGAUUCUGCUGACUCUGCACAGGGUCUCCAUCGAGGGAAUUGUAUGUUUAUUGGCUGGGCUCCUCCGACUCAUGAAUGUGAUUCCAUGUGACUUCUGUGAGUUGAUGUGUGAAGCUACCCUUGGCCACUAGGCUGGAAAGUUCUCAUUUCUCAGGUGAUAUGCCUGACUCUAAGGAAGCUGAGAGUUCAUGGAAGGAUCAUUUCUCAGUGACUGAUUCCAUCCACUGUGCACUUUGCUCAAAAUUUUAAGAAUACCAAUCACAAGAAUAAUAUAUUAGCCUACAAUGACUGUUCUUGGUUCUAUUAAUAACUUAACUAAGGGAACCUCUUUUAACUCAGUGUAUAUAUGGUGUAUAUUGGUGUAUAUUGUACGAUAACUCUUCAAGCCUUUGUCUAUAAAUGCUGAUAGAAAUGAAAGUCCUUAUAUUUGGGGUAAAUAGAACAACUUGAAUAUUAUAGUGAUAAGCUGAACUAGUGUCUUAAAAAUGGCUCACCGAUGAAUUGGGAGCCAUGUGACAGCUGCCACUAGUGACAGGUUUGGUUAAGUUCCUAUGGAAACAUUUUGUACUGUACAUGCUAUGCUUCAGACAUUUGAAACAUGAUGUUUUGAAUGUGGAUAAAACUGUGUUAAACCACAUAAUGUUUGUACAUCCCAAAGGAUGAGAAUGUGACCUUUAAGAAAAAUGGAACGUUUAUAAAUUCUUAAUGAUGCUACUUUUAUAAUUCUUCUCUAUUUUCUUGAAAGCGUUUGUAUAUUAAAAUAGCAUACUGUGUAUGUUUUAUAUCAAAUGCCUUCAUGAAUCUUUCAUACAUAUAUAUUUUUAACACUGUAAUGUAUGUGAGUAUUCCAAGUAUGUUUUUACAUCAUGCAAAUGAAAAUGAUACUUUUAUCCAACAUGACCCGUCAAAUCAGCUGAAUAAAUUCAGUAUUUUGCCUGAA